AUGUCUAUCAAGGCUAUCUUCUACAGCAAAUUCGACCCUCAGCAAGCAGGGCCCAAGGUCAUCCAUCAGGUCCCAGACGAUGCCAUACUCACGUCGACCGACUUAUCACUCUCCACGUCCUCCAUUCUACCUCAACCGACUCAGGGGCCAAGCUCGUCCGCACUGCUCUCAUUUCCGGCUGUUUCCCGCUUUGUGAUACCGCGGCAGUCCUUGUGCUCAAACCUCAUCACCCUCAUUCCACCCCCUCUGCAUCCAGGCCAGCCACCUCUCUUCCUGCUUUCGUACCCGCUUUGCAUCCGCUCGGCCAGCUACACUCGCAAUGAGUUCAUAUUCAACUUCUCCAUCCUCCUUUCGGACCCGGCCGAAGUCGACGUCCCUUCCUACAAAUCCAUACUGCUGAAGCUGUCUCAUCUGCUGCUUUCACUAGAAGAGCAAUCCUUCUACCUCUCUUCCGACCCCUCGGCCCCAAACACCGGCCCCAUCUACGCCAUCAUCGAAACCCUUAUGUCCGACCUCAACAACUACUACGAAUGCAUGAUUCCCAUCGAUGGCUCGAACACGUUACAUCUGAAACUGUUCCCGACACUCCCCUCCCCGCCUCCGGUCAAAGCCUGGCACGUUCCCCUUUUCACCGUCCGCAUCAGCACCCUCCUGGACGAGAAUUGGGAUCUCACCAUGCAACGCAUUAUCCCCUAUAUCAACGGCGUGAACUCCCUCGCCCGGAUCGCCGCCCUGGCCGAUGCCGAUCUGAAGCUCACCAAAAAAUGCAUCAAGCACCUGCUAUACUACGGCUGCGUCCUACUGCUCGACAUCUUCAGCUUCAGCAACAUCUACGCCCCCACCGCAGACUUCACCUCCUUGAUCGUCACCAACCAAGACAUGCAAAAGGAGUGCGCCCGCUACGUCAACAUCCGCGGCGGCAAAGCCGCCGAGGAAGCCAUCGUCGACGGCUCCUUCAGCCGCUCCAAAGCCGGCGACGCCGACAACGACGAAGACAUUUGGCCCCUGACCGGCCGCGGGGACGUCGUAGACGGCGUGGCCAUCGUGCAGCUGUUCGCCGCCAUGCGCCAGGGUCUGACGGUGCGCGAGUGGUACCGGCAGAACGCAGACAUGCUCGCGAGCGUAGACCUGCGACGCUUCGUCACUUUUGGCGUCAUCAAGGGCCUGCUGUACCGCGUCCACCGCUACGCAUUCCGCGAAGGCAAGACGUCACGCUAUGGCAACGGUGGGGGGGGGAGCGGUGGCGGCGGCGACCAGACCUUCAACAGCACAGAGUACAGCAACGGCCUCGGGGGGCGCGACCACGGCACGGCCAAGUAUGAUGAGGAAGAGGCAUCGGCGGAGCUCAACAAGCGCCUCCUGCCGUUCCUGGAUGGAACGCACUGCUUCGAUGAGAUGUGCACCGAGCUGGAGAUCAGCGAGCGCGAGCUGACCGAGAGGUUGAAGAGCGGUGAGGUCGGCGAAGUAGCGAUAAUAUCUAAAUAA